CCAAUGUGUCGCCAUUUUAAUAUUCUGAGGUAUCAUCUGUAACAAUGUUGAAUUGUUUUAUUGUUAAAAGUCGUUAAUAUACAGUAUAAUUACUAUUGUUUCUGUAUGAAUACCUUAAAUUAAAAUCCAAAAUACUCUAAGCAUGUCUCGGAAAAAUAGACCUACAGCUGCUUCAUGGGACAGUGAUGAAGAUCUAUUACAAGAUGACAUCUUGGGUAUAAGUGCAUUUCAAAGUUCUAAGGAAAAAGAGGAGUCUGAUGAAGAACUUGAUGAAGAUGCUUUACUUGGUAGUGAUAAUGAGUACAGUGAAACUACUAAAGAAUCCACUGUUAAAGUUGAAAAGAUUCCAUCUACUAAUGCUGCUGGUAUCCCAUCACAGACUUCAUAUCAGAGCCAUCUAAAAAGAAGAGAUGAACUUGAAAUGGAAGAAUAUGAGCUGUUAGAAGUUCCUUCUGAUGCUGAUUUUGAAGGAGAAGAUGUCAUUGAAGUUGCUGAUCCUUCUGAGUUAGAUGGUUUUGAGACUGGACAAGGGAACCUUACAGAGGAUGGAAAUGCUGAACAUUUUGCUGCUUCAAACAUCAGUGGACAGUCAAUCAGUGAAAUAGGAACUGAAAGCUAUAACCAUCCUGUUAAUGAUUAUGAAUCAUUCCAGAGCCAAGAAGAAGACUACGAGGACAAAACUAUUAAAGGCUUUGAGGAGAGCAGUGAGAGUGAAGACGAGGAGAAAGGACGAGGUCGUUUCAUCAGCGAACGCUCUAACAUUAUCUCUAUUGCAACUACUAAGCCUAAAACAAGAACAGACAUUCCAGAUACAUUGGAGAUAAGUGAAGAACAACAAGCACAAAUUGAUCAAUUUUUAAAUGAGCGAAACCGUCGUGGUGGAAGGCGUGGUUACCGCGGAGGACAUGAUAACAGAGUGCAUCCCAGGCAAGCAACGUACAACACUUGGACAAGCAAUACUACUGCUUCCGGCAUGCAACCGCCUUCACAUCUGACUGACAAGAGACCUGGCAGUUAUAAAGUCCAGAGCAAUCCAAACAUAACUGUUGCUGAGACUGAGGUCUACCCCAUCACAAUAACAGGAAGAGGAAGUUACAAUCAGCAUCACAAUGCAAAUCAACCUCAUCUGCAACAGCAGCAGCCACAGCCCCAAGCACAGCAGCAACAACCACCACCACCACCACAACACAUCUAUCAUCAGCAGCAGCAUCACCACCACCAACAACAACACAUACCACAGCAACAACACCAUCACCCUCAAGUUCCCCAGCAUCCCCCUCCAUCUCCUAACCCUCCUUCUACUCCUCAGGUAAUACAUCAUCCAAGCCAUAUGUAUCAGCAACCACAGCCGCAGCAUCCGACUGUAGUAACCAAUCAACCCCAGUCUGCAGUCCCUCAUCAUUACACCCAGCCGGUGUCUAUGACGUCAUCAGCUCCUUUAGCAGCACCUGCAUCAGUUGUGAUGGCCCCUACCAAUAGUAACCCUUCACAACAACAAGGACGUAAAAUACUCAUUAAUCCACAUUUCCGUGGAGCUAAGCUUGAAAGCCAACCACCUCCUGUGAUACCAUCAUCGUCUGCUAUUGCAUCUACUCCAAUGAUGCAACAACCACAGCAGAGACAUCGACAUUACCAACCAGUUGCACAGCAGACUAGUUAUGUCCAGCCUAAUCCUGCUGAAGCUUGGCCUCCUGCAGCAGCAGCACAAGCACCCCAACAACAUUCUUAUGCUCCAAAUACCCAACCAAUGAUGCAUCCACAGACACACUACACUCCUGUUUCACAGCCAUAUCAAGCUGCUCCCCAACCUCAAGGUCUUCAGCCACCGCCGCCACCUCCACCACCACCGCCAGUUCAACAUCAACAAAUGCCUGCUGCCCCUCCAAUGGCAGCUCCAAUCCCAUCUCAAAUUAACACAGUUCCUCCACAGUAUUCUGGUGCACCUCAGCCAAUUCAAAGCCUGGCUCCUGUACCAAAUCAGCAACCCCCUUCAGUGUACCAUAUAAGUCAGCCCUACCAAUCAGCUCCUGCACCUGUCCCCUCCCGUCCAGUCAAUGACCAAUCCAUGAUUUUCCGCCAGACUUCCCAGUCCCAUCUCAUGCCUGCACCACAGGCUCCUCACUUUAUGUCUUCACCUCCACCACCAUCUCCUCAAGUUCAUCAACAACAUCCCCUUCAUCCUUCUCAAGUUCACUCUAUGCCCCAACACCAGCCUGGCGCCACUGCUGCUCCUCCGAUGCAGCAGCCAUUCCAACCACGUCCACAGUAUCAAGUUCAGCCAGUUCAGCAAUCACAUCAUGAGAUGAUACCUACUCAACAUCAGUCUCAACAGGACAUGUCAAAAAAUUCACACAGAAUGCCAGCUCCUAUAACAUCUCAGUAUGGAAAUUCAAUGCAGCAAAUACGUACUUCUACUCGGGGCAAUUUCUCCGGAAAAAUCAGUACAUUCAGUAAACUGCAUCGAAAAUAUCAAAGGUUACGGGUUAACCCUCUGGUAUCACCAAAGCGAAACCGACAAGAGAUUCAAACACAGCAAAAUAAAAACAUCAAAGUGUUAACAACACUGCCACAAGUAAAACUAAUGUCUGAUUCAGAUACUCCAGCAACCAAGAUACCAAAAGUAUCAACUCAUCUGAAACAGCUCACUCAGUCUGAUGAUGAAGAAUCCAAGUUGUUGCGAGAAAAGUUAGAACAGCAGAAGCGAAUGCGGGCUGAGGUGAUUCGGCGGAAAGAACUGCGUCGUUUGCUUCAGGCUGAGCAAAGAAGAAAAGAUUUGCAAGAAAAAUUAGCUGAGCAAGGUCUGACGCUGGCUGAUGUAAGUGAAGAACAGAAAGCUCAUUUACUGGAUGGCUUACCAAAGAAAAAAGUUGGGGCAGUUAACAAAUCUUUAACUUCAUACCAAUCUCAAAUACAACCUGGGAAAAAGCAACAAAUUUUGGGUAAAAGACCAUUACAGAGUACUCCAGUUGCAGAUGCAGCAGCUAAGAACACAUCACAGCACCAGUUUCAUGGGAAACCGCCCAAACAAGCAAAAACAAAUGUUUCCGGGAAACAAGAGAAAGACAAAAUGCUGGAAUCUCGGCAACAAACGAAUCAGGCAUUGUCUGAACGUCAUCAACAACAAUCUGCCGGAAAUGUGAUUCUUUCCGAAGAAGAGAAAAAUUUCUAUCAGAAGCAAUAUAUUCCACCACAUCAGCAAUUUCAGUCAAUAUCCACACCAAAGAAAGCCAAGCGAGAUAUGAUAUCUAAGGAGAGUGAACAGAAAGCAAGGAAUGAGCAUCAUGGUGAACAUGCCAGAGGGAGUAAUGAAAACUUAAGUAACAAGAUGAAUUGUCCAUCAAACCAAGGAAGUGGGUUUGCAUCUUUACAACAAAUGCCUGGUCUGCGGCCUAUGCGAGGUGGGAAGAUGAAAAUGUUUAAUCCACGAAUGCAGUUUGGUGGGCAACCACGUAUGCCAUCACCUAAUACUCAAGGCCAGAUGCAGAAUACAAACUAUGAAGGACAAUUAUUAAAUUUUCCUCCUUCUCCAAGUCAAGGUCCUCAAAGGCCAAUGGGUAUGCGCAGUCCAAUCAGACCUGGGCAAAACCAAGGACCCCUUCGACCACCUAUUCCAGUUGGUAUGAGACAACAAGCUCCUGGUGUUUUCAGGCAUCCUUCACCAUCUGGUAUGAGACCUGCUUUGCGGCCAGGGCUCCGACAUUUUGGUCCUCAAGCAUCACUUAGACCAAUGCGGGGUCAACCACGCCUUCUCGGUCCCCCUAAUCAGUCUCGUAUGCCACAAGAUCAGCUUAGGCCUAUUUGCCCUCAACAACAGCGCUUUAUGCACCCCUCAAAUCCACAAAGGCAUUUAAUACCUCAAGGCCGUGGUGGUUUACGUGGCAUGAUGUCACGUGGCAGAGGAAUGCAACCUGGUAGGGGUGGUCACCUUAUGCCAAUGCUUCCCCCUCAAGGUUCCAUGCCACCAGAUUUCGCCCAACAAUUAGAAGGCAAUAUCCCCAAACAGGAAUUAAUGAAGAAAACUCGCCUAAUCUUGAAGAAAGUAAUCAAGAAUUCAGUUGCAGGCAAAGGCCAAGCUGUUGCUAAUGCUAAAAAAGUUCUUGUAAGAAAAGUCAGUCAAUCUAACCUUGGUGGCCAAGCUGGGGGCCCUCCUCAAAAUAUUAAUAAUGUAGGGGGUCAGCAAGGCAAUCGGCAAAUGAACUUACAAGGAUCUAAUGUAUUUCCAAAUCAAGAAAGACAAAUGAAAUUCCAGAAUCCUGGAAUGGGUCGUGGUAAGAUACCACCCCAGCGCCCACCAGGACCUAUGCCUAUGAGAAAAGUUCCUGGAAAUAUGGCUGUUAACAAGGACCAAUCCAAUUUAGGCAGACGUACUGAUGGAGAUGGUAAUCAAAAGAUUAAGAAAGCUACCAUGAUUGCUGUUGACAAUCUUUCUUCUUCUACAACUGAGAGAACUAUGCACCAAAUGGCAAAGUCUUGUGGACAUGUGGAGUCAUUACAACUGCUGAAAAGCCAGCGCAAAGCUUUAAUACGAUUCAGGACUGGUGAUCAAGCCCAAAAAUUCUUCAAAAAAUUUCACAGGUAAGUAUCUAAAUUUUUGAUAGUUUUGUUUUAAUAUUGUCU